AUGUCUCCGUUUUUGGCGUUCACAACUGAAGCCAUGAGGCUGUUGGAGGAAGAGCCAUCUUCAGUUGAUAAAGUAAAUUCAAAUAGAGAGAAAGUGCUAGAAAAGAAAGGCAAGACAAAGAAAGGCUUCCCCCAAAUCAUAUGGCUCAAAGAUCAGUGGAGAAAGAGCAAGAAAGAAAAGGAUCAGCAACCAAUGUCUCCGUUUUUGGUGUUUGCAACUGAAGCCAAGAAGCUGUUAGAGGAAGAGCAGGAUCUUCAGUUGACAAAGAAAAAAGAAGAUCCAUUGAAACGAAGAUACCAUCUAUGGGGAGAGAGACAUCUAAUGGAGGCCAGGGCUCAGAGAGAAAAUGGUCUGAAAAGAAAGACCAAGAAGAAGAAGGUUUUCCCCCAAAUCAUGGCUUCAAAGAUCAGUGGAGAAAGAGCAAAAAAGAAAAAGAUCAGCAAGCAAUGUCACGCAUUUUUGGCGUUCACAACUGAAGCCAUGAGGGCUGUUGGGGAAGACAGCAUCUUUCAGUUGAAAAAGAAAAAAAAAAGAUCACUUGAAACGAAAGACAUCUAUGGAGAGACAUUAUGGAGGCAGGAUCAGGAGGAAAAAAAGGAUCCAUUGAAAGCAGAGACAUCUAUGGAGAAGAAGACAUCUAUGGAGGUCCAAGGCUUCAGGCGUUCCACAACUGAAGCCAUGAAGGCUGUUGGAGAAGAGCAGCAUCUUCAGUUAAAAAGUAAAUUCAGAAAUUGGGCAUUAUUUAUCUUUGCUGAGAAAUGUAGGGAAAAUGAAAGACUUUACAAAGGAACGAGAGAGAAGUGUAGAAAGAAAGACAGAAGAAGAAAGGCUUCCCCAAAUCAUCUGGCUCAAAGAUCAGUGGAGAAAGAGCAAGAAAGAAAAGGAUCAGCAGCCAUUGUUUCCGUUUCUGGCGUCACAACUGAAGCCAUGAGCUGUUGGAGAAAGAGCAGCAUCUUCAGUAGAAAAGAAAACAAAGGAUCCGUUGAAACCGAAGACAUCUAUGGAGGCCAGGCUCAGAAUAGAGAGAAAGAGCUAGAAAAGAAAGCAAGACAAGAAAGGCUUCCCCCAAAUCAUAUGGCUCAAAGAUCAGUGGAGAAAGAGCAAGAAAGAAAAGGAUCAGCAACCAAUGUCUCCGUUUUUGGUGUUGCAACUGAAGCCAUGAAGCUAGAGAAAGAGCUAGAAAAGAAAGACAAGAAGAAGAAAGGUUUCCCCCAAAUCAUAUGGCUCAAAGAUCAGUGGAGAAAGAGCAAAAAAGAAAAAGAUCAGCAAGCAAUGUCACCGUUUUUGGCAUUCACAACUGAAGCCAUGAGGCUGUUGGAGGAAGAGCCGCAUCUUCAGUUGACAAAGAAAAAAGAAGAUCCAUUGAAACCGAAGACAUCUAUGGAGGAGGAGACAUCUAAGGAGGCCAGGCUCAGGAAUAGAGAGAAAGAGCUAGAAAAGAAAGACAAGACAAAGAAAGGCUUCCCCCAAAUCAUAUGGCUCAAAGAUCAGCGAAGAAAGGGCAAGAAAGAAAAGGAUCAGGAACCAAUGUCUCCGUAUUUGGCAUUUACAACUGAAUCCAUGAGGCUGUUGGAGGAAGAGCAGCAUCUUCAGUUGACGAAAGAGAAAGAGCUAGAAAAGAAAGACAAGAAGAAGAAAGGUUUCCCCCAAAUCAUAUGGCUCAAAGAUCAGUGGAGAAAGAGCAAAAAAGAAAAAGAUCAGCAAGCAAUGUCACCAUUUUUGGCGUUCACAACUGAAGCCAUGAGGCUGAAAAAAAAAGAUCCAUUGAAACUGAAGACAUCUAUGGUGGAGGAGACAUCUAUGGAGGCCAGGAUCAGGAAUAGAGAGAAAGAGCUAGAAAAGAAAGACAAGACAAAGAAAGGCUUCCCCCAAAUCAUAUGGCUCAAAGAUCAGCGGAGAAAGAGUAACAAAGAAAAUGAUCAGGAACCAAUGUCUCCGUCUUUGGCGUUUACAAAAGAAUCCAUGAGGCUGUUAGAGGAAGAGCAGCAUCUUCAGUUGACAAAAGGAAAAAAAAGAUCCAUUGAAACCGAAGACAUCUAUGGAGAAGAAGACAUCUAUGGAGGCCAGGCUCAGGUAUUAUUUAUCUUUGUUAGAAAUUGGACUUAUUUAUCUUUGCUGAGAAAAUGUAGGGAAAAUGAAGGAGCUUUAGAAAGGAACAGAGAGAAAGAGCUAGAAAAGAAAGACAAGAAGAAGAAAGGCUUCCCCCAAAUCUUAUGGCUCAAAAAUCAGUGGAGAAAAAGCAAGAAAGAAAAGGAUCAGCAACCAAUGUCUUCGUUUUUAGCGUUCACAACUGAAGGCAUGAGGCAGUUGGAAGAAGAGCAGCAUCUUCAGUUAAAAAAAGAGAAAGAGCUAGAAAAGAAAGACAAGAAGAAGAAAGGUUUGCCCCAAAUCAUAUGGCUCAAAGAUCAGUGGAGAAAGAGCAAAAAAGAAAAAGAACAGCAACCAAUGUCUCCGUUUUUGACGUUCACAACUGAAGCCAUGAGGCUGUUGGAGGAAGAGCAACAUCUUCAGUUGAAAAAGAAAAAAAAAGAUCCAUUGAAACGGAAGACAUCUACGGAGGAGGAGACAUCUAUGGAGGCCAGGCUCAGG